UUUUUUGGAUUUUUUUUUUUUUUUUUUUUUUGCUUCUAUUACAUUUACAGAUCAAGGUGUUAGGCUUAUACCCCCCUUUUCUGAUUUUGUUAAGAGAGAGAGAGAGAGAGAGAGAGAGAGGAGAUGGAGGGAGGUCAUGUGAUCAAAAACCCGUGCAGGAUUUACCCGCGCACCCAUCACGGCAUGAUGGCGAGACCGUUAGACCUAUGGUUAUGUUUGAUGUGGAUAUUCCUGAUUAAUGGUGCUUCAGAUAAUUGUAAGAAACUGUGCUGGCCCAUUGAAGGAAUUUAUGAUUGUACUAAAUCUGGGAGCCGCUGUGUUCGGAUGAUGCGCUCCGCCUAUAUAGACACUGUACGUGAAAUACGGGUUUUCAACUGUGAAGUCCAGCUUGUGACCGACAGGGUGGUAACAAAUUGGCCAGUAAUAAGAGACCGAAAUUUCAACAGGUGCCCACAAUCGAAUGUGUCCUCACCGCCACCGAUAACAACAACAGCUGAAGCCCAGAAGUUGCCAUCACCGCCACCGAUACCAAAAACAGCUGAGACACAGAAGUUGUCAUCACCACCACCGUUAACAACUACAGCUGAGGCCCACAAGUUGCCAUCACCGCCACCGAUAAUAACAACAGCUGAGACCCAGAAGUUGCCAUCACCGCCACCGAUAAUAACAACAGCUGAGACCCAGAAGUUGCCAUCACCACCACCACCAAGCAGGACCUACAACUCCCUAAAUCUUGGUUCUAAAAUUGUUGCAGGAUCCCAUAAACAUGAUGAUGAUGAGGACGAUGACCAACUGUUUGAUGUACAAACAGCAACAGGUUUCUUAACGUGGGCUCUUAUUACAACCAUGGGAGUUAUUGUAGUUGCUGUUAAACAAUGUAUUAAGAAGAAAUUGCUCCGUUGCCCAUGUGAAUGCAGGAAUAAUCCCCCUAAUGCACCAGAGAACCCCCCUAAUGCACCAGAGAACAUUCCUCUUAACCAUCCACAUACCCCACCUCAGGCGGCAUCGACACCAACCUCCUCCUCAAACCUUAGUCCUACACUUUCACUGGAAACAACUCUGACAACGGAUACCUCCACAACUAGCACUAAAACACUAAUUGAAUCACCUGUUUCAUCUCACACAAGAUUCCAAACUGCUAAAAAAUUAUUUUAGUUAUUUUAAUGAACUGAUAUUGGAGUUUGACACAGCUGAUUUUUUUUCAAAUUUUUCCUUCAAGGAAAGGAAAAAGUGUUCCCAUAUUUGUAUUGUAUGAUUUAUCAAAAGAGUGUUUUUAAACUGUUGUGGAAAAAAAUGUAUGUAGAUGUUAUUUUUCUGCAGUUGUACUGAAGUGACAGCGGUGUAAUUUCAUUUUAGAAUUGUGGGAGGACUGUUUUUAGGUUUUUUGUUAAAGCAAAUCAUUUCAUGUUUGAUGAAGUAAUACUUAUUAUGAAGGUAAUAUAUAUCUUGCAGUUUUUGAAAAGCGUAUUUGCAAAUGAUUUUAGAAAAAAAAUCAUGUGACAGGUCUAAUUCCAAUUUAGUGUACCAGAAUACCGGUAACUGUUGGAAGUCUUCUUUGUAUACAACCAUUUAAUAGGUAUUUUACAUACACUACCUUGUUGACUGAAAUAGAGAUUGGUGAAAGUGGAGAUUUUUAUUUUUCCUUGAAGAAAAGGAAAGGGAAAUCACUCCCAUAUUUGUAUUGUAUGAUUUAUCAAGUGAGUGUUUUUAAACUGUUGUGGAAAAAAAUGUAGAUGUCAUUUUUUCUGCAGUUGUACUGAAGUGACAGAGGUGUAAUUUCAUUUUAGAAUUGUGGGAGGACUGUUUUUAGGUUUUUUGUAAAAGCAAAUCAUUUCAUAUUUGAUGAAGUGAUACUUGUUAUGAAGGGAAUAGAUAUCUUGCAGUUUUUGAAAAGCGUAUUUGCAAAUGAUUUUAGAAAAAAAAUUAUGUGACAGGUCUAAUUCCAAUUUAGUGUACCAGAAUAACUGUUGGAAGUCUUUUUUGUAUACAACCAUUUAAUAGUUAUUUUACACUACCUUGUUGUUUUUUUAUUUUUCCUUGAAGAAAAGGAAAGGGAAAUCACUCCCAUUAUAUCUGAUGAUUUACCAAAUGAGUGUUUUCAAAAUGCUGGAAAAAAUGAAGAUGUAUUUUUUCUGUAGUUUAGACAAUUUUUUUUAAUUAUAUGACGUGUUAUUUUAUUUUUGAAAAAUUCUGAGAUUACUGGUUUAUGUAUUUUUGUCAACAAAACAUUUCAUGUUUGAUGUAUUUUUGUCUACAAAGCAUUUCAUGUUUGUUGACAAGUAUUUUUGUUAUUAAUUAUUAACUUGUGUGAUUUAUAAAAACGCCUGACACAAAAAAGUCUGGUUGUUUAACCCAUAUAUAUUUUUUAGAUGCAACAAAAAAUGUGAUUUUAGCGAUGUUUAAUUUUACUUUUUAUAUAUGAUUAUACAAAUGAUUUGUUUUAAAUCUACCUCAUAUUACCAAUUAAAAGGUUUUUCAAAA